AUGAAUCGCCUGCACCAGGCCGGUUGGUGUGACUGGUGGAAAAGUCGUGACGUGAUCACUAGAAGCGAGAUCUUCUUUGUUUUGGUCGUCGUGAGGGAUGUGAUUACGGAUAUGCAAGAUCAGAUUGGAAGAGUGCUUGUACUUGGACAUAGAACAGUAGAUGGAGAAGAUAAAUUGAAGAGUAACGGCCACGAAAGGCCCUCGUAUGAUAAUGAAUGGGUGAAGGCAGUUGCUAUGACAAAGUAG